CGACGGCCCUAGUUCCCAGCCGUAUCGUUUAUAAACUUCCGGGGGCUGCUUCUUCCGUGAGAAAGCUUUCCCUUUUAUCUAUAGUGGUCUUCUCUUCUGCCCUCUGUCGUUACUCGUCCCCUGUCGACGACUCUGGUGCCCAAGAGUAUCUGUAUCGUGCGAGGAACCGCCGCCAGGUGAUUAUAGAUCACUCUUUUGACAUUUGGCCUUCUCUCCUCUCGCGACCAAAGCCCAAUCAAUUUCCUAGAAUCUCGCCGUCAUGAGCUAUCAAGACGACGGGCUUCACGCCCAUCACCCCAACAGCACUGCCUACGGCCACGAUGCCGAGAAAUUCAGCACCGGCGCCGGCAACUUCGAAAAUGUUCGCAUCCGUGGCUUGGAGACUUCGGCCGAGACGUCUCUGCAUCGCGGUCUCAAAGCCCGUCACAUUUCUAUGAUUGCCAUCGGUGGCGCUCUCGGUACAGGUCUCAUCAUUGGUACUGGCAAGGCUCUCGCUCAAGCUGGACCUGGUUCAUUGCUCAUUUCGUACUGUUUCGUCGGACUUCUCGUCUACGGCGUUAUGGCAUCUCUGGGAGAAAUGGCGGCCUGGCUACCUAUGAGUGCUGGGUUCACAGGUUAUGCGACGCGAUACUGCCAUCCAUCUUUGGGAUUUGCUCUUGGCUGGACAUAUUGGUUCAAGUAUAUUAUCACCACUCCGAAUCAGUUGACGGCUGCCGCAUUGGUAAUUCAAUUCUGGUGCCCUCGAGACAAGGUCAAUCCGGGUGUCUUCAUUGCCAUCUUCUUAGUCACCAUCAUUGUCGUCAAUUACCUAGGAAUCGAACUCUUUGGCGAGCUGGAAUUUUGGUUGUCGUCUUUCAAGGUCGUCAUAAUCGUCGGUAUCAUCAUUUUCGCUCUCGUCAUUGCUUGCGGGGGCGGCCCCAACGGUGAUGCUCCUGGCUUCCGAUACUGGCACAAUCCCGGCGCAUUUGCUGAAUUGUAUUCCGAUGGUUCCCUCGGCAAGUUCCUCGGCUUCUGGUCUGUCAUGGUCAAUGCAACUUUUGCCUACCUUGGAACUGAGCUGGUUGGUGUCACCGCUGGUGAAGCCCAGAAUCCUCGACGAAGCAUCCCCAAGGCCAUCAAGCUUACCUUCUUCCGUAUCCUCAUCUUCUACUGCCUCAGCAUCUUCCUUGUCGGCAUGAUUGUCCCCUAUAACAGUAAGGACCUCGCCUUCGCCAACAAGCAGACUACUGGCGCCAACGCUUCGCCUUUCGUUGUCGCGGCCACUCUCGCCGGUGUCAAGGUCCUGCCGCACAUCAUCAAUGCUUGCAUCUUGGUCUUUGUCUUUUCCGCCUCCAACUCUGAUUUGUACAUUGCGAGCCGAACUCUCUAUGGCCUUGCCUCAGAUGAUGCUGCUCCAGCUAUUUUCAAGAAGACAAAUAAGCGCGGCGUGCCCUACCCGGCGCUUUUCCUUUCCGCAGCUAUUUCAUGCCUUGCGUUUAUGAACGCUUCUACCAGCAGCACAGUGGUCUUUGGCUACUUCGUCAAUCUCGUCACUAUCUUUGGUAUCUUGACCUGGAUUUCCAUCCUCGUCACCUACCUCUUCUUCCUCCGCGCGCGCCGAGCCCAAAACAUUCCCGAUAGUGCCAUGCCUUAUGUCGCCCCUCAGGGAUUCUGGGGCACCGUCAUCUGCCUGGCCUUUGUUAUUCUUAUCAGUCUAACAAAGAACUUCAACGUCUUCAUCCACACUAAGGAGACGAAUUUUGACUACAAGAACUUCAUCACAGGAUAUCUUGGAAUUCCUCUCUAUAUUUCCAUGCUCUUUGGACACAUGCUCCUCACUGGCAGCCGAGGUGUCAAGCCUCACGAGGCAGACUUUUACACCGGAAAAGACAUCAUCGACUCGCAGGAGGCGGACUAUCUGGAACAAGAGCAGAUCAAAAACGCAGACAGCCAGGGCAUGCGCAAGUUUUACAACCGUUAUAUUGCGUGGCUAUUUUAGAAGUUACAGGAGUUGUGAAUGGUCCUGUUCCUUUGAAAGAUGGGCGGCUUCAGGACUUUACAGUAGACUGGGCUGGUUCUCCAUUUUUUUAGAAUUAUGAUUGCAUGGUAUAUGGUAUAAAUUACGAAGUAUUGUCAAUAAUAUGAUUAGAUGUUUAUAAAUUCACGUUCAAUGCUCGUCUG